AUCAAGAGGAAUAUUUCAUUCAGUAUGAUAAAGCCGAGACAGUCAGUCAGCUGUCAAAAAGUUAAGAUAAUAAACUUGUGUAAAAUGGUAGCAGUCUGCCAAGAUACUCUGCUCGGUAUAGGGAAUUUGUUCCUCGCGUCGGCUAAGUCUAGGAGUGAUUUGUUGGUGUGUGUGUGGGUUUCAGACUGGUUGACCACCGCUUUGCAGGUGCCAAGUUGUCUGGAGACAAUGUACUGGACAUGCUGCGAGGAAAGAUUCUGUUUUGACAAGAAGAUCGCUACUUACAGAUUAGAAGAUGAACCCCACUCAAACGGCUACACGAACAAGGGAGCGAGUGUGGACAGCGUGGUGACGCUGCAGCCCGCCAACAACAACCACCUCCCGCCACACGCCAUCACCGGCCGCCAGGUCAACGACCUGCCUAUACACGCUGACAAACUUUAUGAGGUUUUCUCCAAGUCCUUGAUAUUCCGGGAUGAACAUGAGCUCAAGAAAGGCAGCAUGGAUUCACUUGAUGAACUAGAAACCAAAUCAGAGCCAGACUACUUGUCCGACCACCCGAAGCCGAACCGAACCAAAGUGUACUUCGAAGAUGAAGUCAACUCACCUGUUACCGACUUUGAAAUUAUGUUCAAAGAUGAAUUGAAUUACUCACAUGAUAUGUUCCAAAUUGAAGAAGAAGAAGAAAGUGACAAAACAAGCCCUGAUACCGAAGAAGGAUUAGUUAUGAAUGUUAGCGUAAGAAAACAAGAUGUCGUAAAACCUAGUACGGUCACAAUUAAAAAUGAAAAUAAACUAACCAUACAUCACCCUAUUUAUGAAUACGAUCCGAGCAAAACCGUCAUGUCCUUACCAUCAACACUAUCAUUACCAAGGGUUGAAAGUGUUAAAGGAAUUCUGAGACAAAAAUCCGAUUUGCCAAGAAGCUUUAGUUCCAAAACUUUAGAUCGGGUUGAUAGCGGAGUCAGGAUGGUUAAACCACAACUGAAUAGAGUUGAAAGUCUUAAAAACAUGGAUAGGGAAAAAAUCAACAAAGUUUUAGCCAGGGUGCCACAUAGAAGUGCGUCAUUCCUUAACAUUCCUGAACAUUUGCUACCUGCGAAACCAAAACUAACUAAGAGUAAAUCUACAAUAGGAGUAAGUCUAACUGAUGAAGAAGAUCAUCAACUAAGUCGGCUUCCAGACACCCCUAUUAUUAAGAGUAACAACCUACCGAGAUUCUUUGCUGAAAGUCCUUCAAUCCCAGAGUAUAAGGGUGAGGUAAGCUUGCAAAGCAUCAAGCAACAAGCAGAGAUGAUGAUGCAAGAGGACUAUAGUAUGCCAAGGUACUACGGAACACUCAAAGCUAUAGAUCCAGAGCCGGUGCAUGAGAGCAAAUCCAUGCCUGAUUUGAGGAACCCUGUGUCUACCGGCAAAGUCAGCAAGAGAUUGGUGAAAAUUAGGAGCAAGUUGAAGCCAUUAGUUAUUAAGAAAGGUACCGAAGAAAGACUUUGAAAGAAUGAAUUAAUGAAUAAAGGCAAAAAUAAUAAAGGUAUUGUUGUGGACCUGAAUAACGUUCCCCAUUUAUGGGUGUUCUAGCCGAGAAUGGAAGAUGUUUUGGAAACAAUGCGUAUAGGAUACGAUGUUGUCAAAGGUAGUCUUCUUCUGAGCACCGGUAAAUAAACAGCGCUGGUCGCUUCCAUAUUAAUUGGGGUCAUCUCCAUCGGUUUUUGUUUUAAGUCACUUCUUAACUUCGUGCAAAUUGAAGAAGAAUUGGACGAUCAAAAUACAAUGGAGUAGAAAACUGCUGCCAUAGUGUAAGCCAUAACCACUUACAAAUAGAAUUCCAAAUUGCUCUAGAUUACUUAUUUUCAAAAAAACUUCACAAUCUUUUUUUUUUUAGCGAUGAUUGUUCUAUAACCAAUUGUAUUUGCAGUAAAAGUAACUUUAUGAGCAUUAAAUUAUCUAGGCUACUCUACUUAACUAUAAAUUGUGAUCUAAUUUGUAAAUUAUAGUUUAAAUUGUACUAUAAACUUAUUUUAAGAAAA